AUGCCGACGUUCAAGUAUUGAAAAGAAGUACACGACUUCAACUUGGGGGGAAACAGCCAGUGCAAAAGCCACAGGUGGACAUUCAUCCCGAAGGGACAGCUAUUGAACCCGAGCAUCGUGUUGUCAAGUUAUCCUGUUGGGACACGGAGGACCACAAACUUCUAGGCUCGUGUGAUAAUCUCAAUCUGUUUCUGGUAUUUUCUCUCCUGGGUGGCGCCCACGCCAAAAGCCAAAGACAGGCAUCAUCCACCAUCGACUGCCCACAAUAUUGGGAUUAUAUCAAAAUGCUAGAGGAACCAGUGGAAUACAAAUUAGUUGCGGUGAUGAAUUUUCUAUUAGCAAUACCUCUCGAUCUGUGGAGGCAUGGUUUCAUAGCGACCAUGUAUGAUGCCAUCUACGAGUGUCGCGACGCGCGACUAGUCCAUCUUUUGAGGGAGGAAGAAUUCCUUAGGAAGAGCGAGAGGGUCGAAAUGUGUGGAAUUCAGUUUGGGGAAGGUCAACGACAGAGAGGAAUCGUGGCCACUUCACACAUUCCCAAAGGCACCUACUUGUGGGAACUGUGUGGAGUAAUCAGUUCUGAUGUCAUGGAUG